ACCUUUCUUAGUCUUCUUAUACACCACGGAGUGUGCGUGUCGGGAGCCUGGAAAGGAAACAGAGGCCACGUGCCUCGUCAGAGGGAUAGGAAUGCAGAAGUGAGGGAGCGGCUUGGUCCUCCACUUCCUUGAACAGAAGGUGCUGAGUGUUUUUGGCUUUCUUGGAUGCCUCUGUGUGACACUGGCUGCAGACCUGUGGACAUGGCUCCCGGGGUCUGAUGGCUCAGGGAACUUGGGUCCAGCUGUGAGGUGCUGGCCCUCGGGAGUUCUUCCUGGGACCUGCUGCCAUUUCCAAUACCUCUUCCUGGGAAACGCUCUCAAUAGUGGUGGUUGGAGCGGUAGAAAGGAUCUUUGUCGGUAAGGAGUCAAGCCAGCCCUGAAGACCAUGAACUCGUCUUUUGAGCACUGCAACAUAUCUGACUGGCUGAGGCUAGAGGCAACCGUGAAGGCCUCUGUGUACGUGGUGGCCUUCUCAAUCGCCACAUCUAUCACCGUCAUCAUUAUUGCAAUAGUGUCCCAGAGUCUGCAGCUGAGGAAAGAGGUGCGGCUGGUCCUCCUCUGCCACCACCUGCUUUGUAUCUCCUCCUACUGUGGCCUGGGGGUUGUCUUCCAAGGAAUGCGGGCCUUGCUGGCCAACAGCCCCCUCCUGCUGUGCUGGCUGGUAUUUGGGGCACAGCUAAGUGUGGGAGAAGGGAUCCUCCUUACUCUGACCUUGAUGGCUCUCAAUACUUACCUCGCUAUUUGUCAUCCAAUGAACUCCCCAUCCUUUGUGGAUUCUGCUAAGUACAGGAUUCUAGCUGGGACUUGGACCAUAGUUAUACUCAAGAAUGUUGGCUUAUUCCUCAUAGAGGGUACUAGCCCUACUCCGAUCUCUGUUUUCCAGUCUGCCCCACUCUGCCCGGUGAUUUUGAAUGGUACACCUGCCAGAGUCAUUGGUAUGUUUUUCCUUGCCUUUCUUUUAUCCGUCAUUCUUGUGAGUUACUGUCUGAUAUACCGAGAAGGGAAGCGGGCCGGCCAUUUUAACAGGUCAAACAUCAAGGCCCGGAGAACCGUCCUCGUUCAUCUACUGCAGAUAAGCUUACAUGUGAUACCUACCCUGAUAUUCGUAGGUUUGGGGAAGAGGUGUGGGGUGUUUUUCUUUGCUCUAAAUCUGGCACUUUUUGGUAUCUUCGCUUUUGCUCAGUGUUUCAACCCUCUGGUCUACGGGCUCCGCAACAGAGAUCUGCAGAGCAAACUGUACCCUUGGCUGUGCUGUCGGAAGAAGCUGUUGGCUUAAAAUGAGGGGCUGGCUUAAACAAAAAUUCAGCUCUUUGGAGUAACUCCAGACUUAGUGGGUGUGCUAGCUAGGGCUGGGGACUUGACUUGUGUUAAACUCAAAACUGUUGCCUUGAUUUGAUUUUGAAAGUACUGCAGACUUCUUUGCUGUAGUUCACUAAGACCAGCUAGUGCCUUUAACUCUAAACCUAGAUGAGCGUUUCUGAUGGCCUUCCUUACUGUAACCAUAGCACAAAGUAUAGGACUCAUGUGGUUAUGAAGCUACUGGAAAGGCUAGAGAAAAAGGAAGUAGGGACCCCACUGAUUGGUGUCCAAAGACAGACCUAGCAAUCAUUGACUGUGGAGGUCUCGUGGGCCAAGUAGCUAUAGGUAUUGGAUGCUCACAUCUUGACAACUUUGUUUGCCAGGAGAAAUAGCAACAUGAAGUCUUCUACCUCCUCCCAUCUUCUAUAUGUCACACACUUGUAGCUGUGCAGCGGUCAUGGCCAAACUGGGUCUACCUGAAAGGGGGGUUGGAAUUGAAAAGGACGAGUGCAAGAGAAGGAUGAAGCCAAGACAAGGGUUCUGAUCAAGGCUCAAAGUUUAAUAUUCAGCACUGCGUUUAUAUAAUGAAAGCCCACAGACCCCAUCCUUUGUUUCAGCUGGAUUAUGUUGCAAAGCAUGCUCAGCGGGCAGGUGGUCUACUCCCCAAAGCUACUGUAGGUAAUUGCAAAUGCUUUGAGGCCAGACAACUCCACCUAGGUCGUAAAACCAUUUGUGGCAAGCACUCAAGUCUGUUUAGCUUGCUCAAGGCUUGGGGAAGAGCACACAUACUCACCUGUAAUUGGUAGAAUCUAACUGGCCAUUCUAAAAGCAAAGGAGUCUGGGAAAUGUAGUUCUUAGUGUUACUCACGCACUCACCUGUAAUUGGUAGAAUCUAACUGGCCAUACCCUAAAAGCAAAGGAGUCUGGGAAAUGUAGUUCUUAGUGUUAUGAUUUGUCAGUGUGGAAAGUUAACUCACUAGGGGGAAUGAGAACUGAAGAAGCCAACCCAUGGGCCCCUCUUACUACACAUAGUUUUAUUUACAGAUUAUAAUGACAUGAGAAAUGGCAGGCACUGUUGGGCAUUAUGUUCUCUACACUAUACAAGCCAUUUACACUACAUCAAAUCCUCACAACAAUUUUGUAAUUGUUCUUGAUUUACAAAUGAGAAAAACUGGGGUUGAGGAAAGAAUUACAUGAGCCUAGGAGGCUCUAAAGUUUGUAAUUCUCAUAACUAUUUUUGCAUACUUUUUGCAUAGAGUAAUCAUUUAUCUUAAAAAAAUAAAAAGAAUUUAUAGUUUUAGAUUUUUCAAAUCCUACUUUUAAUAUGGGUUCUUAAAUGCUUUAACCUCUCUUCUAGCCCACCACCCACCAGGGGUAAUGGAAAAGAAAAGUUAUUAGGAUACAUGGGGGGUGGGGGAGAGUGGACCUGUUUAGAAAUUGUUCUUUGGAGCAAAUCCCAUUUGUGUGGUCAGAAAAUAAGCAGUUCAGUUCAUAGGAAUCCUCAGUGGCAGCUUUAUCCAUUUGCAAACACUUCAUAAACUACCAGUCGGUCGUGUCGGGGAUAGCAAACAUGUAUAAGCAGCAGCAGCCUGACCUAGCAGAGCCAGCCAGGCCUCAGAUGAAUCAGCACGAUUCAGCAGGAGGAACCAGGACCGCCAGGGACACCAGGAGAAGUUCUUUGCUGUGCCUCUCUCAAUGAAACAAAGAUCAACAAAGACGAAGAAGCCUUGCAGACCUAGCUGUACAAGCAAGCCCCUCUCACAGUCUGUUGAGUCAUAGUUAUCCUCCCUCCAAACAUCACACGUCCUCCACAGGUCUUACCUCACCAUGUAUGCGGCCUCAGCAUGCGAGUCUGUCUUGGCAAAAUCCAUGUGUCAGCUGACAUCACUCUACCAAUCGGCUGGAGUCUACAGAAGUGGCAAGAAGCCUCUAGCACACCACCAGACGGUUUUUAGUGUGUCUCUCUAUGGAGGCAGGAAAAAC